GUCUACAUUAGUAUUCCCGCUGUUUUCAGAACGUAAAGAUUACGAUUAUGAUGUUACAACAUUUUUAAGUUUAAAAGUAUUUCAAGUUUUUAAAGUGUGUACUUUCUGAAACAAACGCUAUAAAUUACUUUAAGUGGCAUUAUAAAUAAAAGAUAUUAAUAGUGUUUUGUGAAAAAUAUUUUUACUCGGGUGUGAUUUUCAUAAUGAUCCUAUGUAAAAAAAGAAAAGGUGGUGUCUAUUAUAAAAAGGACAACCCUAAUAGCCUUAAAGGGCCACUAAAAGCGGCUAGACUAUGUAUUUUAAGUUUACUUGUGCCUGGCAUUUUGGUCAUUGCACCAUUGUACGUUCGUUAUCAUGUUUAUUCUGAUCAUAAAUAUCCUUUAGCUAUAACUGACAUGAGAAUAUUAGACCAAAAAAUGUCAACAUUUUGGUGCCAACGCCAUAUAGUGAAUACUAAUGCCACUUUUAAUGCAUAUUCAUUGCCAGAAAAACCAACUAUGUUACCAAAAAUGGAAUUUGUUGAAAUGGAAAGGCAUAUUACAUUAGAAGACGAUAUUAAAGAAUAUUGGGGAUUCUAUCUACUAAAAGAUUCAAUCGUAAAAGUGUCUACAUGCUCAAGGUGGCCCGGAGCUAGUAUAAUAGUAAUAAAAGGACACAAACAUUUAAAAGAAUGCGCUUAUAUAGGUGAUAAUUCUAGUGAAGAACUUGAUGAACUUGAAUCUUCUGAAGAAGGUAAUGAUACACAUAUUCCAAAUUUUAUGAGGAAACUUACUUCUGGUAUGACUGUUCCUGAUAUGGCUCCUGACGUGGUCUAUCUUACAAAUCAUCCAAAUGAUACUAAUGUAAACCGCACGUAUUUUAAGAGAUCCAGUAAGACUGCUAAUCAUCACUUAGAUUAUGCUGAGGAUUUAUACCAAAAAGAAUUGAAAGAAAAAAUUGAAAACGAGGAUUAUGUAGUCCAGACUGUAAAAUCUAAACCUGUAUUCACAAACGUUAACGAAAUCAAUAACAUACCUCAAUCAAAAGAAUUGAUCGAAGAAUCGUUACGGAAAUUGGGAAAUCAAGGAAAAGACGGCGCGACACUCUUACGCAAAUUAAAAGAAGUUCUUCAAAAUGAUCUAAAUGAGCCAAUGAAUGACACAAAUAGACUUUAUCAAAUCAUUGAAAAUGCAAUGGCUGACGAUGAUUCAUCAUGGCGUGGUCCUAGGCUGAGGCAUUAUCGGAAUAGAUUUAAACGGUCCACUGUAAAUGAUAAAGAAGUUCAGGACAACUUGAGCAAAGAAUUAUUCAAACAUGACCAACAAAACGAUGCAGCCAAUGAAGAGGCUGAUCCGAUUUCACCAGAUGGGAUUGCUCAAGUUCGUGGAAAAGUAACAGAAAACAACACACAUACGAUAAAGGAUCGCAGUCAUAGCGAGUUUUGGUCGUCAUUUUCCAGUAGUGAAGAAAUGCUUCUUGAAUGCGAAGGUCUUUUAUUAAGCUUACCAUUAGCUCCACACCAUAAAUGUUUACCUCCGAAUAAAAAUCCUGAUUAUGAAGCAGCCAGCCAUCCAAACACUGUUACUUAUAAGGUUCCUGGUGAUGGAUAUUAUUUUUUUGUAUUCAACAGCGAGAACGAGAUUCAAGAUAAUUUUAUACGUAUACAUUUUGCCAUCAAUAAAACCGUAUACGAUGUCUCAAAACCAAUUUCAUCUUGUCUAAAUGUUACUGGUGAAUGUCAACUACCUUUAAAUUUUUGGUCACAACAAACAACAGUCUUAGAAAUGUUAAAUCCCGGACCUAAUAGUGAGUCUGGGGAUGAAUUUAUAGCCAUUUCUACAUGUCAGCCCAGAUCUGCAAUAUAUGCCAUUUGUCUAAUAGCAGCACCAGUUCUGUUUGUUUUAUUCUCUUUUCAUUGAUGUUUAAAUCUAAAUUAUCUUUUUUCGUGGAUUUUAUAUAACUAACUAUAUUAAAAAGCAUUUAAAUCAUAAAAUAAGAUCAAAUUAAAACGGUUGGUGAUUUUAAAUGUUGAACCUAAUAAUUAGUUAUGAUAAAUAUUAAUACAAAAAUUAUAGUGAGGAUCCCGUUUGAAGUAUUAAAAUAUCUCAUAAAUUGUAUAUAAAGAUAAAAUGUAAUAUAAUUAAUAUACUAUACAGCUCAAUUUACUAACUUCGGUAGUAUAUAUGUAUUAUGUAUAUUAGUAUUCAGUAAAUAUUCAGUCAAUUGUAUUAAUUAUAUAAUGUAUAUAAACUAUAUACUUUAAUACCAUAAAUAUCUACAUAAAGAUUAAAAAUAAAAUAUCAAAGUAUUUAAUAAAGCCAUAAACUCAAAAAACAGAUAUUUAGAAUAUUGAAUAAAAUAAAUUAUAUAAUUAAAUUUAUAAUAUUCAAUUAUAAUUAUCGAUAACUUCUAUUGAAUAUACCACCAUGUGAACAAAACGCAUACAUGUACAAUGGCUAAAAUAAAAUUAAGUUAGUUUUUAAAAACAUUCCAAGCUUUUUCAAUUACCAUGAAAAAUGUCUACAUAAAAUCAUUAAAUUUAAAAAGCAUAAUAUGAUAAAACGAAAGAGCUAAAUUAUAUCAUCAUCAAUUAAAAACUUAUAAUUAUAUUGGACUAAUUUAUAAUUAAAUUCGUUUAUAAAUAGGUGCCAACAUAAUACUAAAUUUUGUUAUAUUUAAAUAUUAUUUUCAAAAAAAUAAUGAGACUGAAAACGAGUUUUGAACUUAUUUGUUAUUUAUCUGUGAUCAAAAAAAAAAAAAAAUAAAUUAGUUGAUUUGCAUCUGUAGGAUGUUUUGUAAAACUUCUUUUUGUACGUGUUUAUAGAAGUUGCUAAAUUAUUUUGUAAAUUAGUUAUAGAUUUAUAAUUUAUAGUUAUAAUUAAUAUAUAAUGAUCAAAAAUCUAGAAUAUCUAUACCAUAUCUUAAUAGGGUUGUAACAUUAUAUUUAUAUUGAAAUCGUGUGGAAAUUUUUGUAUAAUUAACACAUUUUAUUUACUUUUAAUAAAAAUUAACAAUUUAUUUUUUUAUGAAAAAAUGUUAAUUUAAUUUUAGAAACAAAAUAUAAUAAGCUUAUACAAGCUGUUUGAUAAACAGUUAUGUAAUAAAACUAAUACAAUUAUUUAAACUUAAGUGGUCUUGGUUCAAUAACGGUAAUAUAUUAUAAAAAUAUUUAAAAACGUAGCCAAUAGAAACUAUUUUAUUUACAUUUUUUGAUUUGUUAAAAGUAAUUUUAUAAUUACCACUGCAGAAAACUUAAUUUUUUUGCAUUUUAUUAUUUUAGAAGUAUCUAUCUAGUAAUUUAUUUAGGUGGAAUUAUUAAAGUUCUUUAACAAAUAACAAAUGUCAUGUAUUUAUAAUUUUAUUUAAGUUAUAAUAUUAUACACAAUCAAAUUACUCAAGUUGACUUAAAAAUUAUACAUUCUAUAAUUAUUCAUUAUUAUAUUAAUAAUGUGUAGUUUAUGAAAUCUAUAACAUUUUAUAAUUGGUUUGUGCAUAUUUCCAUGCGGAUGUAUAUAAUAUAUAUUUGACUAUUGUACCUAUAUUGAACCUCUUUUAUAAUUAAGAUAAGAUAAUUAUUGUUAUAAUUUUAAUAAUUGUUGUGUAAAUGCAUGUACUUUUAUUUUGUUAUUGUUACCGUACGCUUAUAUACGUUACACGAAUAACGAUUAUGUUAAUUUUUAUAAUACACAAUAUUUCACAAGUUGUAUUUGAAUAAAAGAUGUUGAUGAAAUUAA